AUGAAGAUGCUUUUUGUCAAGCUUCUCGCUUGUUGCUUUUCAUGUCUUGAUAAGGCUCUGCCAACUUAUAGGUAUCAACUCGCGGUUGGGAUGUGGCAACUUCGGUCAGGCUUGUCCACAGCUUCUGUUGUUGGAGAUCAAAGGUGGAGUAUCUGCUACUGCGCAGACUAUGACGCUACAUCAGUGGCUACAAGGAUUGAUCGGUGCGUUCACCAGCCACAGGGACGGACGGCUCAGGGAAUUGCGAUGAACAUGAGGAGCUCCCCCAACGCCUGCGACGAAACCGCAGAGUUCCACAGCCUUGCUGGUCGGCUCACUGUACGGGGCCCAUCCCCAAAUGACCAGGUGGGCCGUGGGCGCUCUGUCAGUGCUCUGUUGAACCAUAAGCACUUUGGAGGCCUUGCCUAUGACGGAUUCAUGAUUCAUGCCCUUGCUGUCAGGAUGCGGUCUGCACAGCUGGCUCAAGCUGCACGGUCACGAAUCUUAGCCGAAAUGCAAUCAUGCUAA